AUGCCUGGCCUCACAUCCUACAACAACACUCUGAUCAGUGCUGAUGAGAGGGAUCGGGCGGAGCGCGAUUUUGUUCGUCGUUUUGGCCAGUUAAGCAGCGAUCAGCGUCCUUAUCGAUAUUGGGAACUAGAGAGCCAGCACGGGAAGGUUGAACCGCUUGCGGUCAUUGAUCUCUCGCCAAAGCGCUUUGUCCGAUUGUGCGUCCGACUUGGUGAUCAAGAAAAAUGGCACAAUUUCUGUCUUCGAAAGUCCACCCAGAAGGUGAAACAGGAGAUCUGCCACCUGUUUUGCGUCAAUGAAAAGAAUACCAAGCAU